GAGAAGCAGACUGUAGUUGCUCAUGGAAACCAUGGACUCAUCUCGCUCUCGGAGCAAGCUCGCGCUCGCACGCAGGGGAAGCCGGAAGCAGCUAUGGCAGCUGCAUCGUGCUCAUAUCUGCUGCCAGCUCACUGCUCAUCAAUUUUGCCAGCUUCUGCCUGCAAUGGUUCUGCCCAUUUCAAGCACCGUCGAGUAUCAGCCUCGCAAUCAUACGCUCCUGCAAUUCUUUUGUCUGCCAAAGGCUACAGAAUCAAUGUGAGAUCCACGAAAGUUAGAGUGCCGUAUUCGUGCCCACGCGCAUUGAUCGACUCCGACCAGGCCAGCAGUGCCGAAGGAUCGGAUUUGCCGCCACCUGGAUGCAGCCGUGUCAAGGUAGAACUCAGCAGGCCUCUGGGCAUUGCUUUUGAAGAAACCAAAACCGGGACCGUAGUCGUAGGUGAAGUCAUAUCGGGUGGUAAUGCUCAAAAUUCUGGACUGGUUGAGGUUGGCGAUCAGUUGAUAGCCACAAGUGCUGUCGUCUACUCCGAUACAGAUGAGUAUCAAGGUGUAACAGUAAGAAAGGGUAUGCAGAUCGUUCGCUUGAACGUACGUGGAGAAAGGUUUGAGACGGUCAUGGCAGCUAUUGGAACUCAUCCAGCCUACAUCAAGGUUGUGUUAGAGUUACAGAAGUGUCAACCUGUGACAACCAACGGUGCUGCAAACGGAGCAGUUCAAAAGAACUAGUCUAGAUACUUGUAGACAUGUGAAAGAGAAAAAUCUUAGUUUUUCGUUUGCCUGAUAAAUUGGUAGCCAUCCUCUUUGCAAUCUAUCACGUGACUACGCUCUGGUCUGAAACGAACUCUUAAAAGCAGGUCGGGACAAUGUCGCUAUGCCUACUUUUAUUCCAGAGGUGUUGUAAUCGCAUUUUAGGGAGAGUAUGUUCAUCAACGCCACUCCAGUCCAUUGAUGUGCGAUAUUGGAUUUUGAAGUCUCCGUUCCAGAAGCCAAGGCUUCGAGACGUGGACUGUCACUCAGUUCUGUCCCCAUUGCUAAGUGCUCACCAUUUUUAUUUCAUCUCGAGACUCAUGCGAGAACUUAGGGGCAUGGUUCGAACAUAUCAAGUUUAUGCCGGAAGGUCCUACGUACAACUUUGUCAUGCAAAGUCCCUAUCUGUGACGAGUAAUGUGUCUUAGACAACGACCAAAUUAGCCUUAUAAUGUGACGUUGGACUGUGAGUACAGUCGUCACAUUUGGAAUCCUGGCAUUAAUUUAUUUUCUGUAGCGCCAUCUACCUGAAUCACGUCAUAAUCCAGAGAAGGGACGCAAUGUCCGACCGUGAAGGUUAUUUUUCUUCUGUUCAAUUCUUCGUGUUAUAUGGAAAAAAGAGAAUGAGAACCG